CCCUGUAUCACACUUUCUGGUUUACUUGGGGUAAGAGUGACCAACCUUUUCUUCCUUCAAUGGCAGAGACUUUGAUAUUGGAAACCCAGAUCGAAAUCAAGCCUCCACCGCCGCCAUUCUUCCUCGAAAACAUCCAAGAACAAACGGUCGUCCUUUCCUUUUUCAAAUCCUGCCAUCGGAGGCGCCGGCAAGGCGACACAUGGCUCAUUUCCAUCUUUUUGAUCCUCCCCAUCAUCGCUUUCCUGGUCACAAUGUUCCUCAAUGACUGUUGGCGAAAAUCCCAUGGAGACUGCGUUGUUAAGCCCUUGGGCAGGUUCUCGUUUCAGCCGCUCUCCGAGAAUCCCUUUCUUGGUCCUUCGGCUUCCACGCUAGGUGAGGUGGGGGCUCUUCGACGCACAUUUUUUAUUGAACAUCGGCAAAAUUGGCGCUUCUUCGCCUUUCAAUGUCUACACGCCGGCUUGAUCCACCUUGUCAUCAAUCUCGGCAGUGUUGUCUUUGUAGGGAUUCACUUGGAGCGGGAGUUCGGUCCAUUAAUGGUUGGGAUAAUCUAUCUACUUUCAUCCUUCUCUGGGACAUUGAUGGCCGCGCUCUUUGUUCAAAACAAGCCUGCUGUUGGUUCAUCUGGACCUCUGUAUGGAUUACUUGGUGCUGCGCUUUCUGAGCUGGUUUGGAACUGGAGAAUGUAUAUCGACAAGUUUACAGCUUUGGCAUCACUUUUCUUGGUCUGCAUGAUCAAUCUAGCUCUUGGUUUGCUUCCAUAUGUAGACAACUUUUCAAGCCUUGGUGGUUUUAUAGCUGGAAUCCUACUUGGAUCAGUACUUUUAUGCAGCUCUCAGAUCGAACAAAACCCUCAAAAUAACGGAAAAGGAGCACUGUUUGAGCAUAGUGAAAACAAAAGCUUUACAAAACUGAGGUUAAAGCAGAAGCUGGACAUGUCAAUUCUCAGAACUCUCACUCUUGCUCUCUUUUGUGUCAUAUGUACUGGAUGUCUAGUAGCUCUUUUACGUGGCAUUGACAUGAACGACUACUGCAACUGGUGUCGAUAUAUUGACUGUGUUCCUACGAAAAGAUGGAGCUGCGAAGACAGAGUAAUUUCUUGUGAGACCAUGGUGAGCAAGGCAGAGUUGACUUUGACUUGCUUGAGUAAUGGGAAGUUCAAGGUUUUUCCUUACACCAACAUUUCAAGACCGAGGGUUAAUGAUAUUUGCAGUGAGAUCUGCGGAUAUUGAUGAUGGUUCUACUAAUCAUGUAAUAGGGUCAAUAUUCGUUGAUGGCUAUUACUACUAAUACCAAUACUAUACCACGUAGUAUGUAGUACCAUUUUUUGGUUUUUCCAGUUUAAACUUGUGGCCUUUUCUGUAGGGUCUCCUAGUUGGAUAUCAGUGCAACUUGAUAAAACAUAAAAGCAUGACUAAAGACUUUUAUUCUGCUUUUUCCCAUGUACAUCGAUUUUGAUGAUUAAACUUCACCAAUUCUCUUGUCGUUUGAGAA